GUUUGGUGACAUUUUUGCACAUAAGAAAGCAAGAUUGCGUUUUGCAGUAAAAAGUACAAUCAAACAUGCAUCUCAUGUCACCUUUAUUCACGAAAGAGAUAAUCGAUUUGUAUUUAUAUUGUAGAAACUGAUCAUGCUACUUACGCUCUUAUUGUAGCACUUGCUUCAAGUUUCAGAUUGAUGUUUUGGUUUUUGUUCGCCGAAUCUGAAGCCGGCAAUUUUACGCUGUUGUGAAAUAUUGUAGAAAAUUCGUGAAUUUUGUAAUCUAUUCCUAUUUUAAACGUGCAGAAAAGUUCUAAAACUGCUAAAUAAUAUCAAAGCAAUGACGGUGAUAACGCUUAUCUCGUCCAACAAAUGCUUCGGCGGGUUGCAAAAAAUCUACUCGCACAAGUCCAAGGAGCUAGACUGUGAGAUGAAGUUUGCCAUCUUCUUGCCAGCCGCGGCCUCAGAUGGAAAGCUUCCGGUUGUGUACUGGCUCAGCGGACUUACUUGCAACGAGACCAACUUCAUCCAGAAAGCCGGAGCCCAGCGAUACGCUUCCGAGCAGGGCCUGAUUGUGGUUUGUCCGGACACUUCGCCUCGGGGUGUCAAUUUGCCCGGUGAAGAUGACUCGUGGGACUUUGGCAGCGGUGCCGGGUUCUACGUGGAUGCUACCAAGGAUCCCUGGAGCAAGCACUACAAAAUGUUUAGCUACGUGACCCAGGAACUUAUCGACGUAAUCAACAAUAACUUCCCGACUGUUCCGGAUAAGCAAAGCAUCAUGGGCCACAGUAUGGGCGGCCACGGGGCGCUAAUUUGUGCGUUGAAGAACCCGGGUCUCUACAAAUCGGUGUCGGCCUUUGCUCCGAUUAGCAAUCCGACCAAAUGUCCCUGGGGAUUGAAAGCAUUCGGAGGCUACUUCGGCGAGGACAGUAAGGAUGAAUGGAAGAACUGGGAUGCUUCGGAGCUAGUUGCUGACUACAAUGGGCCGCCGUUGGAGUUGUACGUGGACCAGGGAACUGAGGACAGCUUCUUGAAGGAUGGUCAACUACUGCCUAACAAUCUGGUGGAGGCAUGCAAAGCAGCUCAGAUCCCUUGCGUAUUGCACAUGAGAGAAGGGUACGAUCAUAGCUAUUUCUACAUCGCUUCCUUCAUUGAGGAGCACCUAGCUUAUCACGCUAGACACCUGAAGUAGAAGGAUUGAGUUUUAUAAAAUUGAUACUGAAGGAAUUUUAAAGUGCGAUAUUAUGAAUUGGAGCAUUUAUUUUGUAAACAA